UGAAGAAGAUCAUCGUGUUAAAACGAGACCCGACAGAGUAGUUACAACACGUGACCUCGACCAGCUGCACGUGCGCUCUGUACAGAUUCUCGCAUCCACAGCGUCUCACAACGGAUUUGGAAGCGGUAUAACUUCCAUAUAAGCUUUUUAUCAAGUGACACGGUGAGUUUAUUACUUGAAGACACCACACACACCUAUACGUGACCACGUGCAGACUGACACCUUUUUUUUGCCGGCAUUUCAACUCAAAACACGAGACAUCGUUCUAUUUACGGACAUUAACAAGUUGGAGUUGCCUCCCUUGGAAGGCAGCGCGUACACUCGGACAAGGCUGCAAGGUGCGGGCAUGACAUGCAUGUGGAAACAGAUGAUGUUUGUGAAUAACAACGAAGUAGCAAGCAGUUUGAAUCAGGGUCCUCUCCACAAGCUGUGACAUCUUUACCCUGCACACCGGCAACAGGUACUUGGAUGGUGCGUCAACAUUCACGGCCAGGGUUGAGACCAACAGUUGAAUUCCAAGUUAGUAGCUAUUGGUAUUUUAUCAUCCCAAACUGGCAUCCACAGGAAAUAUGAACCACAUAUCGCUUGGUUGAAAAUGCAUCACGAUGAUUUGGAGACCAUUGUGAGGUCAUCAGUUGCCAUGACAACACAAUCAAAUGACGUCACUAAUCUCUCCGCUGCAGAUUUAUAAUUGUGAGGAUGAGGGGCAGGCAGGGUUCCGGUAGAACGACGCGCAGAGAAGGACAUGUCAGUCCGUCCAGGCGUGAACGGAAUGUGGUACUUCCUGCUCGUCGCGAAAGUGUCAGAAUCAAGAAAAAAAUGUCCAGUAAUUCAUCUGAACCGAAAAAGGUUGACAAAUUUAUGGCUAAAAGUGUCAACCCAAAGUCAGCAAAGAAAAGGUUGACUGCUUCAACUUCUGGCAUCAGGGGAGGUUCAGAUGAUGGACAAGAAGAUGAUCGUACUUUACAUGCGAAACAAGAUUCUGCCUCCGAGACGGGAAGUAGGGUUGUAUGCCCUGACAAAGAAAAGACCAAGACAGAAAGUAUUGAUAAAACCCCUGAUAAAGAGACCACGGUAAAGACAGAAAGUACUGAUAAAACCCCUGACAAAGAGACCACGGUAAAGACAGAAAGUAUUGAUAAAACCCCUGAUAAAGAGACCACGGUAAAGACAGAAAGUAUGGAUGAAUCUCCUGAUAUUAAAGAGACCAACACAGGAAUUAUGGAUAAAUCGUCUGACAAAGAGACCACAAUAAAGACAGAGAGUAUGGAUGAAUCUCCUGAUAAAGAAGAGACCAACACAGGAAUUAUGGAUAAAUCGUCUGACAAAGAGACCACGAUAAAGACAGAAAGUAUGGAUGAAACUCCUGAUAUGAAAGAGACCAACACAGGAAUUAUUGAUAAAUCGUGUGAUAAUGAAGAUACCAAGACCAAAACGGAUAGUAUGGAUGAAUACCCUUACAAAGAAGAGGCCAAGACAAUGACAAGAACUAUGGAUGAAUCUUCUGAUAAAGAAGAGACCAACACAGGAAUUAUGGAUGAAACCUUUGAUGAUGAAGAUACCAAGACCAAAACGGAAAGUUUGGACAAAUCCCCUAAAAAUGAAGUGACCAAGACAGGCAGUAGAGUUGAAUCCUCUGAUAAACAGGAGGUGACAAUGAUGGCAGAUGUGAUGAAAGAGUCAGCUACUCCCCGGAUGAACCCCCUGGACAAAUGCGUGCAUGGGAACCUGGUUUAUCGGUGCGGCAUUUGCUUCCGACUCAUUGAUGGACUGGAUAUGAAGGUUUCGAGUCUGAGACGGGGCUGGCACAUGUGUACCAUGUGUCACAUGGGCUUCCGCGAUCCAGUCAUGCAUCGGAGCCACUUUGUGAACUUCCACAAGAUAGUUGCCCCGCCCUCGUACCAAUGUCCGACCUGCGGUGCUCGUGUUGAGGAUAACAGGAUCAAGGAACACAUGAAACUACAUGAGGACAGAAGUGUUUCUCCCGGUCAUCCGCAUGUCCCUGGAAUACGUCACAAAUACUCUAGUAAAAAUUCAGCAAUGUCGUCUACUUCUGUUGAGUUGUCAAAACUCAGGAACCAGAUGCACACAGGAACUGCAACAAUAUCAGCAAGAGAAAAGUCGACUGGAGUGACUUCGGAUUGCAUCAAGGAACAUUUGGCACAGGGAGAGGAGGAUGGUUCAAGUUCACAGGACCCCUGCCAGGAUGCUUCCUCGGAAUGUAAGGAAGUGAUGCCUGGAGCCAUACUGUGCCACAUAUGUGGAGAUAACAUUGAAAAUAUAGGUUUUGAGGAGCACACUAGAAUGCACGAUAAAGAGACCACACAAGUUCAAAUUACGCAACUUUGCCACUUAUGCGGAACUGAUGUUGCUCGUGAUGCUCUGGAGAAGCAUAUGGACCUUCACAAGAAUCCUCCUCCAACGAAAAGCGAUGAUAUUUCUCGUAAACCCACACAUAAAAGAAAAUGUGAUGAUGACGAGGUACCUGUUACAAUUCCAAAAGUCAUUCCACGCAAUGCGCUUGAGAGGGAGCACCAUGAGUUGCCGAAAUAUGUCCCGAAGCCUGUGCCGGACAACGUGGCUGGAGAGGGCUGCUGCUACAACAAGAAGGACCCGGCUGAGAAUGCAGACCACAGGCUCUUCAAUAAAAUGUGUGCUUGGCACAUGUGCGAUGUGUGCAACAUGGGUUUUCGUGGACACUGGUGGUACAAGGAGCACCUGCUGAAAGUCCACAACAUUUCGAAGCCAAGCACAAGUUUCUGUCCAACGUGUGGGAGGAAUGUUGGAAGUGAGGACAUGGAGAUGCAUGUGAAAGCUCACGAACGGGAUGAGACCUAUGUUGAGAAUGAUUCCGGUUUAGUGGAUGAUAAGAGGUUCCCUUGUUCGAACUGCUCCGAAUCCUUCUCCACGUUUUCUGUGUUCAGGAAUCACAUUAAGGAACAUAACCAGGUUGUGUUGGUGAAACAGGUGGACCUGGACUUCCACCUGUGUAGCGUGUGUGGCUCCCAUGUGUUGGGGGAGGACAGUCUCGCUGCUCAUGCUAGUUUCCACCAAGCUGUUGAAUCGCCCAAUGAUUGCUGUACAUCCUUGUUCCGCUGUAAGAUCUGUAGCAUCACGUUUGACAGCAAUGGACGGUUCAUACAACACAUGGAAACGUGGCAUCUGAAGCAAUUUAAUUUCAACAUAACCAACAAACUGCAUUUUGACAAAUAUGCUGUCACAGUUUACAAGUGUGUAUGCUCUUCUAUAUUCCUUGACUUUCUGGAUUACAAGAGGCAUGUUAAGAAGAAACACCCUGAUGUUCUGGAAGAACGGACCCCGAUGGAGCACACGGACAUCAAGGUAGAAGGUAUGAUACUUGGUGAGGCUUUGGGGCAGAAAAGCAAGCUAAUGCAUACCACCACACAGACCAACCACCCUGAUAUUGAUUUGAGAACACCUGCAAAUAAGGUAUUUAUCCUGAAUAAGCAAACAACAGAAAUGACUCAAACAUGUAGAAACAGACGUUCAGUACCUGGGCGGAUCAGCUCAGAUGGUGAAGUCCGUUCAAAAGAGAGCCACCCUGAACAUCAAGAUAAGGGGGCAAGUAUAGGUCCAUGCCACUCACAACAUGAACUUGAGGGGGUCUGUUCUAGUGAGAGCCGCUCUAACUAUGAACAAGGGAGGGUUGGUUCAAUUGAGAGCCAAUCUGAAGAUGGAGACAGGGCCAGCUAUCUGGUGCUGGUGCAGUUGCCUGAGGCUGGUGACAGUUUUGGAGAAAAGAUUCAGGAAGAAAGUAAGAGAGAUUGCAAGUCUGUGGGGGAUGAUGAUGAUGGAAUGAAUGACAACAAGGAGUCCACCUCAUCUUCUCCUGUAGAGAUGAACUGUACAAUGCAUGGCAUGACGCAAAUGUGUUUAAAGUCAGAAACCAAUGCUGCUGGAAAAGAUAAUGCCAUGAAUCUCGUCCUCAGCAUACCCAAUAGGUCUGAGUUCUGCUCUGCUACGGAGGCAAGCAAUAUACAAUACGUAGUGGGGCGUGAUUCUUCCUUCAGAGUUGUUAGGAAACAAUCUGGAAGAUCAGAGAGUAAUCAUGGUAUUUAUAAACAAAUUAUGAACCAUGGCACCAAAGGACAUGACCCUGAAGUCAAGGUUGGCAAGGAACAGGUUGGGAAUAGACAUUCCACUCCUGACAGUAGCAUUGUUGGAGUCGAGCCUAAAGAGCGUGGUGGUAUGCAGGAUAUUGUGAUCUCAACGAGUGGAGUGAAUGUGUCCGGGGCAACAAGUAGCAUCGAUCCUUCCGGCAUGAAGGUCACGCGAUGUGACAAGGAGGGAGCCAUGAUUAAGAUAUCUGUCAAGGGACUUGAAGGUUACUGCUUUUGCACACAGUGUGGAAGAAUAUUUGGAAAUGAAAAGGAUUUUGUCAGUCACUGUAAGGCUACAAUGACCCAUAAAAUAAAAACAGUGUAUCGCAAGAAUGUUAGCAAGCAGAAUCAGUUUCACCAUAACCGUGAUGUCUCCUUGAAUCUCUGCUCCUGUGGAAAGCUAUUGGUUGGGCAGGUGGAACUGAACAGACAUCUGCAGACAUACAACGGACCGGUAGUAGUAGCGAGUUCUUACAGUUCAAGGCACUUGAUGUGUGACUGUGGCACUCAGACCGGAGAUGAUGCCAGGUCAUUUCCAGGUCACAUCCCUUCAGACAGGCAUCUGCCCUGGAGGAAUAUCAGACAGUUUGACAAGGGUGUCAUGGUUGACCAACGGGACAUAAAGGUCACUGUAGCUCUCAAUUUGGAUCCAAAGACUAGGGAGAAGGACCAGGCACUAUGCACACAAUUUGAUGUAAAUAUGGCCAACAAUGUACAAUAUGUGGUAGAGCAAGAUUCUUCCUUCAGAGUUGCUCAAAAACAAUCUAGAAAAUCGGAGGGUAAACAUGGUCAAAAUGAACAAUUAUUCAACCAUGGAAUAAAAGGAAACGUAUGUGACCUUGACAUGGAGGACGCUUACUUUAGAGCAAUGAUCGACAAGGAGCUGGUUGGUGAUAGACAUUCCACUCCAGACAGUAGCAUUGUUGGAGUCGCGCCUGUAGAGCGUGGUGGUGGGCAGGAUGUUGUGAUGUCCACGAGUGGAAUGAGCGUGUCCGGGGCAGCAAGUAGCAUCGAUCCUUCCAGCAUGAAGGUCACACGAUGUGACAAGGAAGGAGCCAUGAUUAAGAUAUCUGUGCAGGGACUUGAAGGCCACUGCUCCUGCACACUAUGUGGAAGAAUAUUUGGAAAUGAAAACGAUUUUAUCAGCCACUGUAAGGUUACAAUGACCCAUAAGAUAUUAAAAACAGUGCACCGCAAAAAUCUGUCCAAAGAAAAUCUGUUUCACCGUUAUUUAUCAGAAGUGGACAAAGUUGGACAAGGCAAUGUUAACAUGGGGAAAAAACAGUCAGGUGAGGACAGGCGUGAGAGCAUCUGUAGCAGUAACACUGAUGUACUGAAGAGUAUAGGUGGCGCUGAUGUCUCCCUGAAUCUCUGCUCAUGUGGGAAGCUAUUGGUUGGGCAGGAGGACCUGGACAGACAUCUGCAGACAUACAAGGGACCGGAUGUCGUAGCGAGUUCACACAGUUCAAGGCACUUGAUGUGUGACUGUGGAACACAGUCUGGAGAUGAUGCCAGGUCAUGUCAAGGUCACAUACCUUCAGACAGGCUUCGGGACUGGAGGAAUAUCAGACAGAUUGACAAGUGUGUUAUGGCCGACGAACAGGACAUCGAUGUUUCUUUAGCUCUCAAUUUUGAUCAAUUGACCGUGAUGAAGGAAUGGGCUCUAUGUAAGACUUUUGAUGAAAAUAUGGCCGACAAUGUACAAUAUGUUGUGGAACUUGAUUCUUCCUUCAGAAUUGUUCGAAAACAAUCGGGAAAAUUGGAGGCUAAGUAUGGUAGUUAUGAACAACUCAUAACCUGUGGCACAAAGGAAGGCAGAUGUGACCUUGACAUGCAAGAUGCUAUUUGUAGAGCAAUGAUUGACAAGGAGCUGGUUGGUGAUAGACAUUCCACUCCAGACAGUAGCGAUGUUGGAGUCGCGCCUGUAGAUCGUGUCGGUGGGCAGGAUAUUGUGAUGUCCAUGAGUGGAGUGAAUAUGUCCGGGGCAACAAGUAGCAUCGAUCCUUCCAUGAUGAAGGUCACACGCUGUGACAAGGAGGAAGCCAUGAUCAAGAUAGCUGUGCAGGGACUAGAAGGCUACUGUUCCUGCAUACAGUGUGGAAGAAUAUUUAGAAAUGAAAAUGAUUUUGUCAGUCACUGUAAGGUUACGAUGGUCCACACAAUAUUAAAAUCAGUGUAUCGCAAGAAUCUUUCCAAGGAAAGUCUGUUUAACCAAUACUUAUCUGAAGAGGAUGACAUCGGACAGAGAAAUAUUAACAUGGAGAACAUAGAGUCAGGUGAAAUCAAGGAGGGUACCUGCAGCAGUGAUUCUGAAAUGGUGGAUGGCACAGGUGGAUCUGAUGUCUGCCUGAAUCUCUGCUCCUGUGGGAAGUUGUUGGUUGGGCAGGAGGACCUGGACAGACAUCUGAGGACAUAUCGCGGACCGGAUGUAGUUGGGAGUUCACACAAGUUGAGGUGCUUGAUGUGUGACUGUGGCACUCAGACCGGUGAUGAUGCCAGGGCUUGUCAAAAUCACAUGUCAUCAAGCAGGUGUCAGGAUUGGAGGAAUAUCAGACAGUUUGAUAAGGGUGUUAUGGUUGGCGAACAGGACAUUAAUGUCACUUCGCCUCCUGUCGUUAAUGCAAAUAUAGACAUUUUUGUUUCUGUGGUUGGAAAUGGUGAAAGUGACCCUAAAAAAAUCAUGAUUUAUAAGACAAACAGCACUGGAGAAAAUGGACCAACUGUUUCAAAUUGCACUAAAGAAAAAGGUCUCAGUGUUUCAAACAGCAGUGGGGAAAAAAGAAGUGUUUCAAACAGCAGUGGGAAAAAAAGAAGGGUUUCAAACAGCAGUGAGGAAAAUGGACCUGGUGUUUCAAACAGCAGUGGGGAAAAUGGACCUGGUGUUUCUAACAGCAGCAGGGAAAAUAGACCUGGUGUUUCAAACAGUAGUGGGGAAAAUAGACCUGGUGUUUCAAACAGCAGUGGGGAAAAUGGACCUGGUGUUUCUAACAGCAGUGGGAAAAAUGAACUAACUGUUACAAACAGCAGUGGGGAAAAUGGACCUGGUGUUACAAAUAGCAGUGGGGAAAAUGGACCUGGUGUUUCUAACAGCAGCGGGGAAAAUAGACCUGGUGUUUCAAACAGUAGUGGGGAAAAUAGACCUGGUGUUUCAAACAGCAGUGGGGAAAAUGGACCUGGUGUUUCUAACAGCAGUGGGAAAAAUGAACUAACUGUUACAAACAGCAGUGGGGAAAAUGGACCUGGUGUUACAAAUAGCAGUGGGGAAAAUGGACCUGGUGUUUCAAACAGCAGUGGGGAAAAUGGUAUCCUGUGUGACAGUAGUAGAGGUGGUGAGUUGAUGCCUGAAGAAGUGAAGCAGGAAGGCUCAGCCAGUGUUAUAAGUGGUGUAAGUUUAAGUCAAUCUCUCCUGACCACGGAUGACAAGACACAGCAGAAGUGUUGGAGUGCUGGAACCAGCACGACAUCCUCCUCCACCACAGCAGGCAUGGUGGAGGUCCACGUGUGUUCCCUGUGCCGCAGUGUCUUCCUGCAGAAGGAGGAUAUGCUUCAACACCUCAGCCAACACAAGUCCUACAUCUGUCAGUGCUCGGUCCUCUUCCUGGACUUCGCGUCCUACAUGUGCCACGCCCAGGCCAAACACAAGAUGGCUGUUUCGGACAAAAGCCCUGUGUUGGUCAACCUUCUCGGACACAUGCCUCAGAUCUCUCCCACAACAAAGGAGGAGGAUAAAAUGAUUGUUGAUAAUUUUAUAAGCAAGAACUUCAUGUCAACUCAGUCCCGCUCUGAGGAAACGCUUGUUCAGGGUGUGGAAGCCAAGGGUUAUUUCACAUGUGAAUGUUACGAGAUAUUUGCAUCAGAAUCUGCGUACCAUCAGCACUUGAAGCAAGUUGUUUCGAAAGGGAAACAUGGCAGGCAGAAGGUGGAAAAGUGGCACCAUUGUUCCAUUUGUCCGAUGGCUUUUGCCACCAAGUUUGAUUUGGGACUACAUCAGAAAACAGAACAUAGGAAAAAAAUGCCGAUGCAGAUAAGUUCUCAGUCCAAUGAUGCGAAGAUGAAGGUUGAGAAAACGUCAGCCAAGGCCAGGUGUGGGGACUGUGGGAUCAACUUCGACAGCGUGGCGGGACUGCAGGUGCACAAGCUGCUGUAUCAGGGGACGUUCAAAUGUACACAUCGCCAAGACCAAGUCCGCGCGGAAAUGUUGAGGGGAAAGCUUUUGGACCGAGGAAUCGCCUUCAGCACUAGAGUGGACAAGGCUGGUGCAUGGGUAAGCAAGGACCGCGCUAUGUUGGCGUCUAAGAGCGACAGUCAAGCUGUUGGAAUGGAUAUUCCCAAUACGGAGGGUGAGGUGAGGACCGAUUCAGGUGGACACAAAGCAGUGUCUGCUCCAGUCGAAAGUAAUCGGAAUCCUGGUUCAGCAUCUGAAGUCAAUAUCACGACAAAAGUUGACACAUGUGGGAAAACAUCAGAGAUCUAUGUGAUAGGCAGUGACGGUAACACCGUCAUCAAGACAGAACCUGGGGCAGGAAACAGAGUCGUAGACAGUGAUUCCUUCAUCAUUACAAGGAAUGAUGAUGAUGACGAUGACGAUGAUGAUGACAUUGAUGGCGAUGAUGAUGUCGGUGACGAUGGUGAUUAUGAUGAUGAUGGAGGUGACGAUGAUGGUGACGAUGAUGGUGACGAUGAUGGUGACGAUGAUGGUGAAGGGGACCAGGAGGAUGUCGGUGACCACGGACAUGAAACCACGACGUCAGAUCCAGGUAGUAAUUGUGGUGUGAACCCAUCUGAGAUCAUCGCGCCUGGUUUUGGCUUCGUGGGAAGUGACUCAACCGAAUGGACAAUGAUGGUUCCCAUGGUUACCAUUAAGAAAGAACCAGAGGAAGGUAUGGAGAGCCUGCAGUGCAGUCAUCCCGCGUUAGGCGGUGUGGACACCGAGGACGAUGCCGUCAUGACGGACGUGAAAGUUGAGCCUGGGGAGGAAACAGAGGCAGAAAACGACCAGACUGGGAGUUGUGCUGAUGUGGGUGGAGAAGCUACCGCGAUGCUGGCAAAGGGUGGUGGGGACAGUGAAGAUGAGGAGUUGGACAAUGUACAGGUGAAGGAAGAACCUGUCAGUGAUGAGGACUUGUCUCAGGCAGACGUUGGCAAUAUGGUGUACAUCCACAAAUCAUCUCGGGAUAUAUUUGAUGAACAUGACAAACAGCAACUGGAGGAAGGACAUCCUGAGACCAAGGAGCAGCUUGUGAUAAGUCCUGAUUCUGUUAAAGAAAAGAGACCUCGUGGUGAAAUACAACCACCAGGACAACAGCAAACUGUGACAAAGCAGAAAUCAGUCAAACAGCAACUUGUGGAAAAACUGCAAAUAAUAAAACAGCAGAAAGAAUUGGCAAAACUGCAACCAGUAAAACCACCGGCUGUGUCAAAACUGCGAACAGUAAAACAACAACUGUUAGCAAAACGGCAGUUAGCAAAACAACAGCGACUUGCAGGUAAGCACCAGCCAGUAAAAGAAGAGCCACCAAUUGAACAACAACCUGAGGUAAAACAGCAACCAACAAAACAGCAAGCCAAAAAGGAACAACUAUUCGCCCCAAAGCGACCAUGGAUUAAGAUACAACCAAAACUCCAGCCUAUGACAACACGGCUAUCAGUGACCAACACACAACCCUUGAUAGCAAAACACAAGCAGCCACUGAUACAAAUACAGACCCAGCCUCUGAUAAAACUGCAACAUGUUGCACAAGAGCAACCGGUGGUGAAACUGCAACAAGUGGCACAACAGCAGCCGGUGGUGAAACUGCAACAAGUGGCACAACAGCAACCAGUUGUGAAAUUGAAAGCAGUUGCACAACAGCAACCAGUUGUGAAAUUGAAAGCAGUUGCACAACAGCAACCAGUUGUGAAACUGCAACAAGUGGCACAACAGCAACCAGUGGUGAAACUGCAACAAGUGGCACAACAGCAAACGUUUGUGAAAUUGAAAGCAGUUGCACAACAGCAACCAGUUGUGAAACUGCAACAAGUGGCACAACAGCAACCAGUUGUGAAACUGCAACAAGUGGCACAACAGCAACCGUUUGUGAAAUUGAAAGCAGUUGCACAACAGCAACCAGUGGUGAAACUACAAUCAGUGGCACAACAGCAAACAGGGACACAAAAUCUUGUGUUUAAGCUUCAUCCGGUGACACAAAAACAAGUGAUGAAAGUUCAAACAUCACCUCAACAGAAAGAGGUCACUCCUCUACAAGGGACACCUUCCCUGUAUCGGUGUGGGAUAUGUGACAAAGCAUUCGGUACCCCCGGAGCGCUCAUCGUUCAUGUGAAAACCCACUCCAAGAAGAUCGAUGAGUUAAACUGCUUCAGGUGUGGGAAGGUCUCUCCCACCUUGAAACAGGCUUUUGAACAUAUGAACACUCACGAUGCCUGCUCUCUCGACAGACCGUACGGUUGUCCUGUUUGCAAGAAGACCUUUCAGCGUUCCUGGCAUUUGUCAGGACAUCUCCAGACACACAAGGGACUGCUGACACACGGGAACGUCACCAUGUGUGCUAUCUGUGGUUCCCAGUUCAAGCAGGCCUCAAGCCUGCGGAAACACAUGCACUGUCAUAUGCGGGAGUCGGAUAAGGGUUUGGUGGAGCUGGUGGACAAAGUGGACCCUGCGUUGAUGCCAGUCGCAGAGAGUUACCCCUGUGAGAAGUGUGGCCUGGUUUUUCGUUCCAAGAAUAGGAAGGCCGUCCAUGUUCGUUAUGUUCAUAAACGAAUGGCGCUGAACAAGUGCAAGCAGUGUGAGAAGACGUUCUACUCGCCGUCGGAGUUGGAGCGACACACAAGGACACACACAGGGGAGAAACCGUUUGGAUGUGAUCAAUGCGGGAAGGCGUUCGCCCUUUCUACCACACUGAAGGAUCACCUGAGAUCCCACACAGGCGAACGACCUUUUAAAUGUUCUAUAUGUUUGAAAUCGUAUUCUUCAUCUUCGAUACUUGGACGACACAAGCUCACCCAUGUCGGUGAGCGCAAGUUCAAGUGUGACAUCUGUGAUAAGAGCUUUCUGUACUCCAACUCACUCACGGUGCACAUGCGGACCCACACAGGGGACCGGCCCUUCUCCUGUAACAUCUGCGGAAAGACGUUCACAGCGUCGUGUCACUACCGCGUUCACAUGCGAAUCCACACGGGGGAGAAGCCCUACAAGUGUAUGUUCUGUGAGAGGCAGUUCAACAACUACGGCAGCCAUUACCGCCACAUCCGCACACACCCUGAGUGGAAGUCUACCGGGGAACAGGAGUCGGAGGACAUUCCCGAGGUCUUAGAGGUCAAACAGGAGGUCACGUCUAUCGACUCUUGUGAUGAAAGUGACCUCGAGGGGAAGCUCCUUCCGUUUAUGCUUUCAUCUGCUCUGAAAACCAAAUUAUUGCAGACAAAGUCGGUACCAGAUGAAAGAAAAGUUGAAGAAGCCAAACAGAAUCCUGAAGCUGUAUCACCAUCUGCUCCAAGUACAGCAGUAUCUGAUGAAUCAAGCCUUGUGUCUGGGACUGAUGUGAAGAAGACCUCAGAUUCAAAAUCUAAUAUCGCCAGGAGUCCAGUCAAGAGCAAUCUCUGUAGCGUUAUCCUAAAGUCAAGUGAACCUCUAAUGUCUGGUAGGGAUGUUCGACCCUCACGCCAGCAACACAUCCACACAGCAGCAGUUUAUGCAAAGGUGAUCAGGACCCAGGCGACCCCAGUGUCACCACCAGAGGUGGCACCAACAAGUAUCAGAGAGAACUUGAAGCGACCCUUCGCGGGACCAACCACUUCUCCAGGUAAGAAGGUGAAGGUGACUGGCAAGAGGAGGAGGGAGGAGAAGGCGACGGGACCCAUUCUGAACAGAUCCCCAUCCACAUCCAGCAUCAUAGCCCAGAUGCUGCAGUCUCAGACAGACAGUUGAUAUGGGGAAUAUGUGCCGUGGAUGUAGGUAAUACAGACUACUACUGGCAGUAUGUUCUGUGUAACUUUGUGAAACAGUAUUCCCAGACAGUUGAUACAGGGAAUAUGUGCCGUGCAUGUAGGUGAUGUAGACUACUCCUGAGAAUGUUCUAUGGUACUUUGUAAUACAGUUAUCCACAGACAGUUGAUACAGGGAAUAUGUGCCAUGGAUGUGGGUGAUGUAGAUUACUCCUGAGAAUGUUCUAUGGUACUUUGUAAUACAGUUAUCCACAGACAGUUGAUACAGGGAAUAUGUGCCUUGGAUGUAGGUGAUGUAGACUACUCCUGAGAAUGUUCUAUGGUACUUUGUAAUACAGUUAUCCACAGACAGUUGAUACAGCGAAUAUGUGCCAUGGAUGUGGGUGAUGUAGAUUACUCCUGAGAAUGUUCUAUGGUACUUUGUAAUACAGUUAUCCGCAGACAGUUGAUACGGGGAAUAUGUGCCAUGGAUGUGGGUGAUGUAGAUUACUCCUGAGAAUGUUCUAUGGUACUUUGUAAUACAGGUAUUCCCAGACAGUUGAUACGGGGAAUAUGUGCCAUGGAUGUGGGUGAUGUAGAUUACUCCUGAGAAUGUUCUAUGGUACUUUGUAAUACAGGUAUUCCCAGACAGUUGAUACGGGGAAUAUGUGCCAUGGAUGUGGGUGAUGUAGAUUACUCCUGAGAAUGUUCUAUGGUACUUUGUAAUACAGGUAUUCCCAGACAGUUGAUACGGGGAAUAUGUGCCAAGGAUGUGGGUGAUGUAGAUUACUCCUGAGAAUGUUCUAUGGUACUUUGUAAUACAGGUAUUCCCAGACAGUUGAUACGGGGAAUAUGUGCCGUGCAUGUAGGUGAUGUAGACUACUCCUGAGAAUGUUCUAUGGUAUUUUGUAAUACAGGUAUUCCCAGACAGUUUAUACAGGGAAUAUGUGCCGAGGAUGUAGACUACUCCUGAGAAUGUUCUAUGGUACUUUGUAAUACAGGUAUUCCCAGACAGUUGAUACGGGGAAUAUGUGCCGUGCAUGUAGGUGAUGUAGACUACUCCUGAGAAUGUUCCAAGGUACUUUGUAAUACAGUUAUCCACAGACAGUUGAUACAGGGAAUAUGUGCCGUGGAUGUAGACUACUCCUGAGA